GCAAUUUGGCUUCCCCCCACGGAGUCUGUCUGUGUCCAAGCCUGUUUGCCUACAGUAACCUGCUCUGGUUGGAAGUGAACAUGUCUCAAGUUCAGAUUCAGAAUCCUUCUGCUGCCCUUGCAGGGAGCCAAAUAUUGAAUAAAAGCCCAUCUCUUUCACAACCUUUGAGUAUUCCUUCUACUACCAGUUCUUUGCCCUCUGAAAACGCAGGCAGACCCAUCCAAAACUCUGCUUUGCCCUCUGCAUCUGUUACUUCCACCAAUGCAGGAGCAGCUCCUUCAAACAUGGCAAACCCCAAAGAGAAAACCCCCAUGUGUCUUGUGAAUGAGUUAGCUCGUUUCAACAAGAUCCAGCCCGAGUAUAAGCUGCUGAGUGAGCAAGGCCCAGCUCACUCCAAGGUGUUUACAGUGCAGCUGACUCUUGGGGACCAGCACUGGGAAGCUGAAGGAACUAGUAUUAAAAAAGCUCAACAUGCAGCAGCUGCCAAAGCUUUGGAAGGGACAAAAUUCCCUAAGCCUACGGCUCGCCCGUCUCGGAGUGAAGGCAAAAACCCAGACAGCGUAACCCCCACAGUGGAGUUAAAUGCCCUUUGCAUGAAGCUGGGGAAGAAGCCCAUGUACAAACCCAUCGACCCAUACACGGGGAUGAGAUCCACCUACAACUACACCAUGCGAGGUGGCACCUACCCCCCACGGUACUUUUACCCCUUUCCCGUUGGGCCCCUGCUGUACCAGGUGGAGCUGUCGAUUGGAGGGCAGCAGUUCCAUGGGAAAGGGAGAACAAGACAAGCUGCUAAGCAUGAUGCAGCUGCUAAGGCACUGAAAGUUCUGCAGAACGAGCCCUUGCCUGAGAAACCAGAGGUUAACGGGAAAGAACCUGAUGAUGAAAAUCUCAAUAAAUCUGAAAUAAGCCAAGUUUUUGAGAUUGCACUUAAAAGGAACUUGCCUGUGAAUUUUGAGGUGACCAAGGAGAGUGGUCCUCCCCACAUGAAGAGCUUUGUAACCAAGGUGUCAGUUGGAGAAUUCAUGGGUGAAGGUGAAGGAAAGAGCAAGAAGAUCUCGAAGAAAAAUGCUGCAAUAGCAGUCCUAGAAGAACUGAAAAAAUUGCCUCCCCUUCCUACAGUUGAGAAAAUGAAGCCACGAAUCAAAAAGAAAACAAAAUCAAUAGUGAAGCUGCAGACAAGUCCAGAGUAUGGCCAAGGAAUGAACCCCAUUAGCAGACUUGCCCAGAUCCAGCAGGCCAAGAAGGAGAAGGAGCCAGAGUACAUGCUGAUCACGGAGCGUGGGCUGCCCCGGCGCAGGGAGUUCGUUAUGCAGGUGAAGGUUGGUGUGCACACGGCCGAAGGAAUGGGCACGAACAAGAAGGUUGCUAAACGCAAUGCAGCCGAGAACAUGUUGGAAAUCUUAGGUUUCAAAGUCCCUCAACCUCAGCCUCCAAAACCAGCGUUAAAGACAGAAGAGAAGACCCCAGUGAAGAAACCAGGUGAUGGAAGAAAAGUCACGUUCUUUGAGCCAGGCUCUGAAGAGACCUCAGCUAGUAAUAAAGAAGACGAGUUUAGGAUGCCUUAUCUCAGCCAUCAGCAGCUUCCUGCUGGAAUUCUUCCCAUGGUCCCUGAGGUUGCACAGGCUGUAGGAGCCAACCAAGGACACCACACCAAAGAGUUCAGUCGGGCAGCCCCGAACCCUGCCAAGGCCACGGUGACCGCGAUGAUUGCCCGGGAGCUGCUCUAUGGGGGCACUUCUCCCACUGCUGAGACCAUCCUGAAGAGCAGCAACUCCUCAGGCCAUGUCCCCCACGGGCCCCUGACCAGGCCCUCUGAGCAGCUGGACUACCUUUCCAACGUUCAAGGAAUCCAGGUUGAAUAUAAAGACUUUCCAAAAAAUAACAAGAAUGAGUUUGUAUCUCUUAUAAACUGUUCCUCUCAGCCACCACUGAUCAGCCAUGGGAUUGGAAAGGACGUGGAGUCCUGCCACGAUAUGGCUGCACUGAAUAUUUUAAAGUUGCUGUCUGAGUUGGACCAACAAACCACAGAGAUGCCAAGGACAGGAAAUGGACCAAUGUCUGUAUGUGUGAAACAAGAAAUGGAAAGUGACCCUCUCCUCAAACCGGCAAGUGCAAACCCUUUGGGACAAACACUGGACAGCACUGCCUGAAACAGGCUCUUGACUGAACCCAAACCUGAAAGCACCAGAGAAAAUCAAAUGCUUCCUCUUAAUGUAACCUAACUGUUAGAGUGCUACAGUCUACAACCUACUGUAGUGUCUGAAUCAUAACUGUUGCUUUUUCUUCAGACAGUGAUGAUACAUUUUUAGUUUCAUUAUGUUGUUUUGAUUGAAAUGACACUAUGAAUUUUUCAUUUAAAAGUUUCUUAAUUGUAUCUAGGACAAUAGCACAGUUUAGAAACUUUGUCUUCUGAGACUGACAUGUUACCUGUGAACUAACUCGGGAAGAUCAUAUCCCUGUAUGUGGUUCCUUUGGUUUUAUCGGGGCCGCAGCCCUUCCCUGGGGACAGGCUGUGGCUCACCAUUUUAACCCCCAGGCCAACCCGCAUUACCCAACGGCUGAGUGAAUUAAAACACUCGAGGGAUUUUAAACUCGGUUUGAUCAUUUUCGGUUAAUUUCCAGUUUUCUUGAGUGUGGGGUAGGGGAACUCGAAUGCAACAUGACGUUCAGUGAUCUCUGGGCUGUUCCAGGCCGGUGCCGGUGGCUCCCAGCUCACUACAGUACAGGAUAUGAUCUCAAUGUAGUGCAUAUAAAACUGCAGAUUGAUUUUCCUUGAGUGCUUUAUACUGUUUAAUUACAUCUCCAUGUAGGGCUGAAAAAAAUGACCUAUGUUUCUCUAUAACUGUGUUGCUUUUGAUGUUGUGUUCCCGCGCACGCGCUGCGCGGAGGUUUGCAUUGGUCAGGUACAGCACGAUAGCCGCGAGUUCAGUACUGCUUCCGUUCAUUGUUUACGCUGGAAUUUUUUCUCCCCAUGGAAUGUAAGUAAAACGUAGUGUUUGUCACCAAUAAAUGGUAAUACUAAA